AUGCAGGGAAGUUAUGCCAGGGAGGCAUGCAGGGCCAGUUACUACAGGAGACAUGCAGGGCCAGUAAUUAGAAUUUAUGUGAGGAGGCAUGCAGGGCCAGUUAUGGAAAUUGAUGCCUACCACAAAAUUAAAGAAAGGAAACGGAAAUUCGCACCAUAUAAAAUACAGGGGUUCACAACCCCAAGAGAAAUAGUCAGACAGACUGCACGAAGGGCCGAUUCUGUUAGCAAUUCCCAACAGCGCAGGAGACGCAAAGCUGAAAGGAACAAAAUUGAGGUUCAGUCAGCUCCAGCAAUACCCAUUGGAAAUAGACAUGGUCAAAAUCGUGCUCAUGACAGAGCCCUAGAUCGUGAUCAAGAUCGUGAUCAUGCUCAUAACAGAUCCCUGAAUCGUGGACGAGAUCGAGAUCGUUUCCGUGACAAAACUCCAGAUCUGAAUCUGAGAAGGGAAAGCCAACCAGUGAUCGAUAAAGAAGGAAUGGAUGUUGAUGGGGAAAACCCACAAGUUCAAGGAAACAAAGGGCAUGGGUUCGGCAACCCGUCUAGGAGGAAUGACGAUCGACAGGACCUGCAAGAUGGUCGCACCGAGACUCUUAGUACAGAGGAAAAACUGUUACUCAAUCGGCUGAAUGAGUUGGAGAAGGAGAACGCUCUCCUGAGAUUAGAACGUGAAAAUCAGUCUCGACCUAGGUCUGGUAAUCUGAACAACCAGAGGGGUGGGUCUGUAUAG